CAUUGACGUAAGAGCAGGCGCGCUGGUGCGCUCGAGCCCGAGGUGAGCGCUCGAGCACUGCAGAGACACUCGCGAGCUCAACAACAUCUCCGCUAACAUCUCUGCGCUUUCACUCCUUUCACCUUCACCUUCUCGUGAAGCCGGAGCAGCCUGUGUGGGACAGAGAACGCAGAAAGGAUAAGACGCUUGGAUAACCAGCACUGAGGAGAAGGACGCGGAUGCUCGGUAAACAGAUAAACAGCCUUCGUGUCGCUCCGGUGAUGUCUCACUAGAGCUGCAUUCGUUUUGACCACCCUGAAACUGCACACCACCCCGCAUCUCUGAUUCAAGAUGGCCGCCACAAAGAGCGGCUCCGAGGGCAAAAUCGCCGGCCUCUAUGAGCUGGAUCGCACGCUAGGGAAAGGCCACUUCGCCGUCGUGAAGCUCGCACGCCACGUUUUCACCGGGCAGCUGGUGGCUGUGAAAAUCAUCGAUAAGACCAAGCUGGACAGUCUGGCUAUGGGCCACCUGCUGCAGGAAGUGCGCUGCAUGAAGCUGGUACAGCACCCCAACGUGGUGCGUCUCUACGAGGUGAUCGACACACACACCAAACUCUACCUCAUCCUGGAGCUGGGUGACGGCGGAGACCUGUACGACUACAUCCUGCGGCAUGAAGGUGGCGUUGCUGAGCGCACCGCCAAAGUACACUUUGCUCAGAUCGUGCGCGCCAUUGCGUACUGCCAUCGACUGCAUGUGGUGCACCGAGACCUGAAGCCCGAGAACGUUGUGUUCUUCCGCCAGCAAGGGACCGUCAAACUCACCGACUUCGGCUUCAGCAACCACUUUCAGCCUGGAACCAUGCUCGUCACUAGCUGUGGAUCACUGGCCUAUUCAGCUCCGGAGAUACUGCUGGGAGAGGAGUAUGAUGCCCCUGCUGUGGAUAUUUGGUCUCUGGGUGUGAUCCUCUACAUGCUGGUGUGUGGACGCCCACCAUUCCAGGAGGCCAACGACAGCGAGACUUUGAUCAUGAUCAUGGACUGCCGAUAUACUGUCCCAGAUCACGUCUCUGCGGAGUGUAAAGAUCUGAUCUCGCGAAUGCUGCAGAGAGAUCCGUCUAAGCGAGCCCCCCUGCUGGAGAUCGAGUCUCACCCGUGGCUGCAGGGUGUGGAUGCGUCUCCGUCGCCCGUCUCCCCUCACUGCAGCCUCUCUCCUCAGGAGCACGAGCUCAUCCUGCAGGCCAUGAGCUCCGGGAACAUUGCUGACAGAGACACCAUACAGGAAGCCUUGGAGGCUGACCGGUAUAAUCACAUCACAGCCACGUAUUACCUGCUCGGAGAACGCAUCCUACGGGACAAACAGGAGUUGAAUGGUCUCAAUCCAGAGCAGAGACACACACAGAGGCCUUUUUCUGAGCCUCUGGACCUGGUGGAAGGCCGGGGCCCUCAGGCUGAUGCUCUCAGAGAUGCUUCUUUGGCUCAUGUCACCCAGUUGGGUUCCGUGUCUCCGGGUUUCUCCCGAAGGGGAGUGUGUGAGUCUGGAGACCUGCUGGCUCCCAAACCCAGCCGUCAGGACACAUCCUUCAGUGAUUUUGGCAAUCCCAGCUCUUGCCUAGGUCUCAGUCUCCGCUCUGUACCUCCAGACCCACCUCCGGUGGUCAAAAGUCUUAGAGCUUUGCAUCAGAUCUGUGAGGAAGAAGAGGAGGAGGAGGAAGAGGAAGAUCAACCUGUUGUACAAUGUAGCAAAGCCAGCUUGGUGCCAUUAGCAACACCCCCUCUGGACACUUCUCCCAGAUGUUGUUCAGUAUCAAAAGCUCCAAGUGUCUCAGAAAAGCUGGGGGGAAAGGAAAAGAGCAAGGGACAUGGGCUUUCUGAUGUCCUAGCAGAGGAUGAGGAGCUUAAAGGAGAGGGGGAGACAGUCACAGAGGAGAGUCAAGGGGAUGACACCAGCAAAAAAACAACAACAAAUGAGGAGACAGCAUCCCAGAUAGAAAAGCACUCAUAUAUGUCUGAAGAUAAGCAACAGAUGGAUCAAAGCCUGCAGAAGUCCAGUGGACCUCCACCAGCAGCUCAUGUUCAGAAGGACCACACUGAGGGAACCAGGAAAGAAGGAAAAGCCUCUGACAGAGCUGUAGAUGAGAGACAGAAAGACCAUCAGCAGCUAGUUGGGCCUCCUGCAAAUGGCAGGACUGAGGAGAGGAACCACACAGAGGAAUCAGGCACAGAUAAGCAUAAAGAACAGAACCAGAGUCUUCAGAAGCUGGCUGAAUCACUGUCAGCAGCACACACUGAGGUUGACACUGAGAAUCCAGGUAAAGCAGUGAAAGCCUCAGACAGAGCAAAAAGUGAAAGACAGAAAGACCUUCAGAAGACAGACAAAUGUUUUCCAGUGGCCAGGACAGAGAAGACCCAAAAUGAAGACCCAAGCAAAGCACGAAAAGCUUCAGACAGGGCUGAAGAUGAGAGAAAUAAGGACCUUCAGAAGAAAGACAGACCUUUACCAGCAGCACAGAUUGAGGAUAAGAACCACAUUGAAGGACCCCAAAAAGCAGGAAGAGCCUCAGACAAAGCUGAAGAUGAGGGCCAUAAGAAUCAGAGCCUCCAGAAGCUAGACAGAUUUCCAGCACCACCUAGGCUUGAUCCUGUGCAGUGUUGCUGGGGCCAGAGUGAACUCUCCAAUGACACUCUGGAAGACAACAACAACACCCCGUCCAAGCCGAGGCUGCUUGACACCAGUGUCAUUUCAGCCCCCUGCGUCUCUCCGCGAUUCCUACCCAAGAAUCACUGCGUGGACCUGAGACCAGAUGGAGUUGAAACCCGCAAGGUGCCUGGAGAAGCCGAGAGGACGGAGGAGACAUACGGCAAACCUCAGCAGGGUCAGCGCGGAUCCAGGGAUGCUGGCACAGACUCCAACAAGAACAAGAAUGUGAAUCUGCGAGAGCGCCUGCUGCAGUUCCCACUCUGUGAGAAAGCUCUGUCAUUCAACAUCCAGCCCACAUCCAAAGAGAAACUGCUUCCCUUCGCUCAGUAUAACUGUUGCCAUGUGCUAUAGGGGAGACAUCUGAAAGCUGUCCAGAUCUCUCUGGCAUUCCACAAAGCUUGUCAACAAGUUCCUGCUUUUCUCCCCUCUUUACCAGUAAUGGGUUUUUAAAAGACACAGCACAUGUCCUUGUCUCUUACUGUGAUCUCGGAGGUGCUCUGGCUACACACACACACACACACACACACACAGAGCCACAUCUAUUCACUGUACACCCAUAGCCUCCAAUGCCCUUUACCCAGCAUUCCCUGCUGUUUUCCUGUGUGGCGGCUAACGUCCUAGCGCUGCUGUGUAUAUAGACAUCUAAUCUAUAUCUACUUGCGAUUUGUGCAAUCUCAGUGACCUUUUAUUAGAACUAGCCUAUGUCUUGAGAGUGUAGGAGCCCUGUGAAUAAAACAGUUGCUUGUUGUUUUGCACUGUAGCAGCUUCUCUAGAGCAGAGCUUUACCUAAAGAGAUGUGAAGCAUUAAGCGGCACACGUAGGGCAAACAUUAAAGAAACAGUUUGAGCAAAAGCUCCUAUAUGAAAAUUGAAUAUGAUCCAAUAUAUAAAUAGAAAAUAUUGCAAUCAUAUCUGAGUGAGCGCAUCUGGAACCACUGCUCCAGCGGCACAACUUACCAGAAACAAGAGUCCUCCCUGCCCACAGAAUCAUAUUCAUUUUGUUCGCAAUUUUACAUGCACUAGCUAACCUUAGUUACUUGUCUAACUUUUAAAACAUUGAAUAAAACGUUUAUAUAUAUAUAUAUAUACUUUCAGUGCCAGUGCCAGAAAUGGGGAGCACUGUAUACCAUAUAUAUAUAUAUAUAUAUAUAUAUAUAUAUAUAUAUAUAUAUAUAUAUAUACUUAUACGUGAAAUGUCUUACCACAAUUGGAUGUUGAUUCGCAUUUCCUCCAUAGACAAAACUUUAUUUUACAGCAAACUAGAACACGAGUGGUCAGGUGGCCUCACAUUGCUGUGUAUAGAAUGAUUUCAUCAUCUGUCUAGGACUCUAGAUGUUGUAAUUUCAAUACAUUUUCCAAUAUAUUACAGUUAUUCCUUUACAGUAUGGCUACACCAAUUUAAAACCAUUUACUGGGCAAGAAUUCAGGGCUACUUGCAUUAUAUUGCAUUGGAACAGCUUUAAAUCAUAAAGUACUGAAGUUAGAUAGUUGUUAAAUGUGUCAUUGGAUCAUUCACCACAAGUUCAGACGUAAAUCGGAUUACCUCACAUGGAAAUGUACACCAAAUGAAAAUAUUGCUACUAGCCUUUCCAUUUUAUUAACUAUUCAUUAAACAGUACUAAAACUUGAACCAAUUUAGGCAGAAUUUGUGUAGCUUUGUUGAGUCUGGCACUGAGCUGGAUUUUCUCAAAGCCUCGUAGCAUCAAUAUCACCUUUACAAAUUACAGUAAGCCUCACUCACUGACACAAUGACAAAUGUCCCUAUUGUACUGGCCCGAGUGUGUGUCGGGUUUCAGGAUGCAUGAAAGACAUGCAGAGCAUUUGACCACAUAUACAUGAGCAUGCUACAUUAGCACUGAUCAAAGUAGUAUUAGCAUCAUGCUGGCUGGGCCGACCAGGGAAAGAUGUAGAACGUAUCUGUGAUACAAGAACUUGGACUGAGGUUAUUGUGAAGGCCGACGAGAGAAGACUGGUCUUCCUGAAGCUAUGUUUUUUAUUUUUGUUUCAAAUGUGUACAUGGUUAUUCUGGAAAAUGUUAUCAUAUCAGAGUCUUACUAGGGGGAUGGUAGAAACAUGGUGACUUCAUAUCAUUCAUAAUUUUUUUUGUUUUACUUCAUUUUUAUUUAAUUUUAUUUAAGAGGGCCGUCAUAAGAGAGUGAGACUACCUUGAAUUAACUUGUUUGCCUCGGGGUGCAUGUUGACUGUUGAGGAAGCAGUCUGUCAGUAUAAGCUCUUGGACACAUCUGGACAUGUACAGUGUGUAUAUAUUCUUUUGAGCAUGUGUGCUAUUAUCUAUGUAUAUGCUAUUGACAUAAUAUUGUGUUUUCACCUAACAUACCAAAUACAAAACUAGCUCUCGGCAUCAAACAGCGAAGAGAGGACAAGUAGCAUCCAGAAAAAAUUGUGAGGUUGUAGAAAAACGUUUAGAAACAAAAACUUCAAAGUUGUCACUAGUAACAGGCUAAGAAUAGAGCAAAUGUUCUCCUAAUGCAGAAGUGUUUCGCUGUUUGUUAGUGCUAUUGCGCAAAGCUGAAUCAGCCAAGAUCUUACAUCAGUCACAUGUAGAAUUAUAAAUAACUACAAAUAACACACAUUCACAAAGGUAAUGUAGUCAAAGCAGUAGCGGUUAUUGUUCUUCGGCUACUCUCACUAAGGUCUUUGUGGAUGAUUCAGUUCUUCUGCAGUAUGAAGGACAAAAUUCUUUUACUCUAACAAAAACAGUUUUCUGAGACAACCUUAUUUUUUGGACUAUAAGACACAUUUUUUUGUCCUUGCACAACUAACACCAUCUAAUACUGACAUGAUUCUCAUGCUCUCUGCUGGUUUUUGAUUUAUGUUUGUAACAGUUACAUAUCACAAAACAGACUCUGCUUCUGCUUACAUUUUAAGGUACAUGUGCUUGUAAUUAUAUGCCGAUAUUUGUAAAAAAAAAAAAAAAAAAAAAAAAAAGUAUAAGAUAUUAAUAGGGAUGGUGUAUAUUCAAUUACAAGUACAAGUUGAUUGGGCUUUCGACAGCAGUACAACUCUAACUUCACAACUUUCUUUUAUACUGCCACCUCAAUUUGUUUUCCGCUGUCCAUUUCACACACCAAUAGCAGCAGACACGCUUACUAUGUCUGAACAAAAUAAUAGAAUGCGAAAUACCUGGUUGUUCGAUGUUAAACUGAAUAUUUAGUAGAACAAUGUCAGUAAUAUGUGCAUAGCAUUAAUGUAAUUGUCUGCUUAUUUUUAUAAUACAUAACUACAAUCAUUACAACCAAAAUGAGUUGACCUCAAUUCUCAGCAGCUUUGAUAAAGAUAACGCUGUAGUUGAAACGUUAACUGUACACCAGCCGCCACAGGGCUACGCUGUAACUGUUGUAUAAAAAUGGUGGCUUCAUUUUAGUGAUAUACAGCAAAGAGCAACUUGACUUUUUUUUGAAGGGUGUGUGUGUGACUUAUAGUCCUGAAUAUACGGUACUGUUUCAUCGACCAGUCAAAACAUAGAUGCCAAUUUGUGACAUGUUGACAGCCUCUCCAAUAAACGACAGAUAAGCUGGCCAAACUUCAGCCUACACAGAAUGAUCUGAGCUAAUGCUAAAUAAUUGUAGUGCAGCGUAUCUCUAAUGUAUACGGUGCAUUAAAAACCAUUAGAAUCCAUUUAAUCCUUGAACUGAAUUUAUAUGUUCUGUAAUCAUGCUACACCAUAGAUAAGAAAAUUAUUCUGGUAAUAUCAUCGACGUCUUUGUCUAAAGUCUUCACAGUUCUCCAGUGUGACUACGGCCUUUAGCCAUGAAGUGUUUUAGAGCAAAUGACCUGUCUAUAGGGAAGAGUUUCAGAAUGUUUUAUCGAAGGUCAGUGCAUUAAUUACUGCCUCACAAAAAAGAGGUUUGAAGUUUGCCUGUAGAAUUUACCAUUAUUCCUUUCAUAUGGUUCUUCAGACUAUAAAGUGUAAAGAACUAACACCUAAAGGAAUGGUUAUGUAAAAAAUCUAACUGACAUUUGCUUUUUAGUUUUGCACUGGAGCUUCGAAGCUAUGGAAGUUUGUCUCACCCAAAAUCUUAUAUGUGAAUAUCUGCUUCAAACCACGUGCAGUUUUUCAGACUCGCUGAUGUGGUGUAGGACACAGUGUGUUCACUAUAAUCUAUAAACAUGAAUAAAAUAUCACUGUGUAGCUGAAUGCUGACAUUUUAUGUGGGCAGACAUUUUGGACAAGCAGAACCACCUUUACUUGUUGCUACAGCUUGGUAUCACUCUGUCGCCCAGGUCCUGCCUCCCAAAGCUUAAAAGUGAAAUGUUGUAUUGGAAUGCUGGGAGUUAUGUGGAUAAUAAUAUAGGUCCACUUUGAAUUUUAGAAAUUUAUUUAGUUAAAAAUGAGUAUAACAAUUUUGUUUGAAGCAAGUAUGUGAAGAUUAGAGCAUUAAUUCACAUAUAAGAUUUAGGAUAUUAGGGCCAGUGAAAAACUAAAGAAGCAUCCAUGACAGUUUAGAUAAUGUGUAAACUGUGUACAUUAGAUUUUUUUUACACUACUCCUUUAAUGAUCAUUGUCUGAGUGUGUAUAGACGAGGGUUGUAAAGCACAAACCUGUACUGUGCUUACUCACAGACACUUUCUGACUACAGGCCUGCUCUAAACAUUCGACUACACCUUUAGAAAAGGAGACAGACGUACAUAUCAUGAUUACCAUUCUCCACUCACUCCUCACUUUUUCAGUUUCAUUCUCAUUGUCUCGGGUCUCCAGUUUACCGACCGGGGUAGAAUGACAUCUGGCUAUGUCUAGAGUCCCAUUGACCCUUAUUAAAACAAUGACUCUGUCUCAAUGAGAUUAAUUUAUUUUUGUAUUUAUUUAUUAAAACGGAGUAAACCAAA